AUGAGAUGCCAUCACCAUGAGGAGGAUGGAGGAAACUUGAACCAAGAAGUCCUGAACGAGUUGAGAGACACGAGGGCUUUAAUUAAUAACUCACGAAGAGGUGGAAGAGUACAGUUAGCAGAAGCAAUAGAGGAAGCAGAUAAAUCGCCAUUCACCUAUGAGAUCAUGCAUACGGACAUCCCAGAGAAAUGCGUAUUACCAACGCUUGCGAACAUAUUCAGUGGAUCGGAAAGUGAAGUGCAACACUUGAAGCAAUAUACCCUUUCGUUAAUGCAAUGGGGCCGAAAUGACGCAGUACUUUGUCGAUAUUUCCCCGCGAGCUUAACAGGGGAGGCAUUAUCCUGGUUCGAUGGACUCCCGGAAAAGUCAAUAUCAUCAUUGAAAGAUUUGAAGAGGAUAUUCUUGACGACGUACAUCAACAACUUGUUGAGACCAGGGAUAGAGACAUUGUUGAACUUGAGGAGAAGGCCAACAGAAAGCUUGCGGGGGUUGGUCACGAGAUGGAGAACAGUGUGCAGCGAGUUAGCCGGGAGAGUUGAUGAACGAAAUUUCAUCUUAGCCUUCGUGAAUGCUUUGAUCCCAACGGACCUGCUGUACACACAGAUAUUCAUUAUUCGAAAAUCGAUACCGAUGAAUGAGCUGAGGGAGUACCAGGAGGAAUACAUAGCGUUGGAGGAAAAGCAGAGGCAGGUCAGCGAAAUGACGUUGGCCCCAGCGAAAGAAGGGAAUUCUAGGCUAUUACCAAGGACGGUGCACGCAGUAGAGGACGAACUCGGGCGACGAAAGGGAGAGCCAGCAGUUCCCGUCCCAACAAAGAUUGUGGCCGUCUCGAGUGGAGAUCAGGAGUGGAUUGAUCAACAAAGGUAUAAGGAGUCAAAACGAAGAAAUCAUGAUCCACGAAGCUACAAUACGGGAUACCAACCUAGGAAUAAUCAGGGACCCAGAUACGGGGAAAGGAGGCCCAAUGGACCAAUCUUUGAAGAUGUGAAACUCCCACGACUUAAAACAACUGUGGAAAAAGUGUGGGAGGCAAUAGUGCUGACGGAGGAAAUCCCGCCCCCACCAAAUUUCGGAAGAGAGCCCCCACCAGAGUCUCGAAGUCAUGAAUUUUGUAAGUAUCAUCGCUUACAUGGACACCAAACAGGUGAUUGCAGGAACGUUCGGCGAAUUAUACUUCGCUUGAUAGACCAAGGGAAACUCGCGCAUUUCCUAGAGGGUUAUGUGCCAGAUCGAGAUAGACCGAGGAAAGCAACAAUUAAACUGUAA